AUGGUCUGCAAGCGAUUAACGAUAGAAGACCGAAGGAUAAAGAAGCCGAAUUUAGGCGGAUGGCGGAAUAGAAUCACAAAGUUGGAAUAUUUGAACGCCGAGUCGCAGACGGGGCCGCGAAAAAUGCCGUCGAGGAACACGUGCACCAAGAUGACACAAUACAUCGCGGUCACGGAUGUGGAGACGCAAACUCCGUGCCAUCAUCCGACGCAAAUGUGGCGGCCGGACUGUUUCAUAUCGAGCGAAUUGGACAAGUACGUCGCAUCUAAGCAUUACGAAACGUACGAGGAGAUGAUGAGGCGAUUGGACCACGACGGGAAAGCUCGAAUUAUCCAGAGAAACUGGCGAGCGUAUUUGUUGCUGAAGAACGUGAAGGAGUAUGCCAGGCAAUACAGGGAGCUGGUCGAAAAUUGUAAACUGUACGAGGAAGAGAAAGCGACGAUGUUCAAUCGAAGACGCGAGCAAGAGACUCUCCGGAAGAUAGACCCCAAGACGCGUCUGGACUUCGACAUGCUGUACGAUUUAGUGGAAAAAUGGCGGCUGGACCGCAUCGACUACGCGAAGAAGCGUUUCUUCAGGGCGGCGAGGUGCGCCGAGGGUUAUCUGACCCUGGAGAAGACGGUGGAGAUGCUGAAUUUAAUCGACAAGCAGAGGACAUGCGUGAGAGCGGCUCACAGGAACCGGAAGCGCGCCAGGUUCCUCGGAGUGAACUGCAAGCCCGUCCGUUGGGUCGGCUACAGACAGAAGCAGAUCGAAAUGGUCACCAUGAGGAAUCAGAAGGCUCGCGAGCUGAAGACGAUCUACGACUCUUUGACCAAUUACAUGGUGACUCGCGGAGAACGGAUGGAGAUCUUGACGAUGCUGAGGCAAUCGUUGGAGUACCAUAAUUGCGUUCCCGCUUUCGAUCUGAUUCGACUCGUGGAACAGGAGCUGGACUAUUUGGCGAGAGGACUGGCGAAGGAGAUGUCCUUGGACUACUUCAGGGAGCGGAUAGUCUUUGGAUAUCUCUACUUCGUACGAUCCUGCCACUCGUGUUGCUGCGCGACGAACGACGAUUUCUGUGGAAACGCGGACGACGAGAAGCUGCGAGAAGCGGUCGAAACCAAGACGAUGGUCUGCAGAAGCUGCUCCAAGCUUCUUCCGCAUCGCAAGUUCACCGUUCACGGCAGGAUGACGAAGCUCUCUACCUGCAUCGCGUGCACCUGGCUGCGCGAGCGGAGCAUCGCGCACGUGAAUUACGAGCACCACGCGUUCCUGCUGAGCUGCGUGCGCUCCGAGGAGCGAGCGAGAGGAUCGCCGUCCGCCAUCGCGUUCACGAUGCAGAAGGAGGACAUGCACCACCUCGUGAACAACGUUUGGCACGGCCGCUCGGUGAUCAGCGAGAACGACGACCUGUUCCUGCUGAGAAUGAUACGGUACAAUCAAGAGACGGAGUGGUCGCCUUGGAACUGCAUUCUGCUCACGACGGAGGAGGCCGAGGUCCACCGCAGGAUCAAGGAUCCAUCGAGCGUGUACUCGAAGCACCUCGUCGAGAAAAUUCUGUUGUGCCACCAAUUGGCGAGGAAUCAGUUCAAGCGUUUAAUGAAAUUCGAGUCCGAGUUCCGGGAGACGUUCCACAAGAUCGAAGAUAAGCCUGUGUACCGAGCAGCGAUUAAAGUGGAAGACUACAAUUUCAUGUGA